GGUUUUAAUAUAUGUGGAGUUUAAUUGCAAGGCGCUUACAAUCGAAUGAAACAAUGCGACAUGUGCGCCUUGAUUAUUUUCAAAUCACAGUGAAUGCUGAAGUUAAGAAAUUCCUGUGCGAUGUUGAGAAGAAAUUUUUUCCUGCAAACUCUGCUCCAGUGCCACAAAAUCAGUUUAAUUGAACCAGUGUGACUGUGUGUAAGUUUAAUAAGUGUGACACUAAGUGUAGAUCCUGCUGUGAUUCUACUUCUGGUAUAUACAACAGUAUAGUACAGUCAAUGCGGUCGCCAUAGAGACACCUGCAUAAACAAUAGAAGCCUGACAUUGAAGCAGUGAGACAGACUGUGUUCUCUGAUCAGCUCUACAAACUUUGAUCAAUGCGUGGGCAAUUGUUGCAAAAAUAUUCUUGCAAUAUUCUUUUUGUUUUCUCUAAUUAAUUGAAAAAAGUAUUCGACCUAUGUGGUAAUUAACAAAUCAUAUAUAAUUAUGCCUCUCGCCGAGCAACUAUAUUGCACUCAGCAAAUAAACGUUCCGCCAACGCUACCCACUAUCUUAAAGCAAUUUUGCAAAGCUGCGAUACGUACACAGCCUUACGAUUUACUAAAGUGGUCAAGUACAUAUUUUCGAGCCUUGGCAGAUGGCGAAGAGCCACCGAUCAAGCUGAGACUAGAAUACCCACCACCUUGUACUGAAUCUGGACUGACUCUAGGAUUUUUAAAAGUUUUGCUUCGCCAAUUCGGAGAUUACAAUAAAAGUUUAACCGUCGAGUCGAUUACUCGACGCUGGGAUGGACUUUGCUUGGAUCGUAAGGAUCUGGAAUUAAUUAUGUCUACCGGAGAAUUUCACAACAAGUGCCAGGUGAAAAAAUUUCUCAGUAUCGGCGUCGGGCUCUUGGCAAAUAGUUUACACGAAACUAUGAUAAUGAUUUGUGAACUCUUUACACAUGAGCCUGAAGGCGGCUCAGCAAUGAUACCGCUAAAAUUGUUUAUGGAAAUUUAUAGUUAUCUCGCUGCUCUACAGUGCGAUGGAGCAAAUGAAAUGUCUUUCAACGUACGUUCGUUGGAAAUAAUGAAACAGGACGACGAAAGCUCCUCAAUAGAAAUCCGUCAUAAGGAUAGCGAAGAUGAUUCCGGUAAGAGUGAUAUAGCUGCCCCGGUUGUUUUGGAGAAAUUAGAAACGAAAUCGGAUAUGAACCCAAGAAAAGGGAAACGUAAACCUUCAUUAUCACGGCGUCUGAGAGUACCAGGCCAGUAUACUUCUUGAUUAGAAUACAAUUCGGCCCAGAAAAACUGGAAUUAUUUUUUCGUAUCUUAGGGAAAUCAUUUAUUCUUUAUUUGCUCUAGGUAUCGGACCUCAUUUGACAUCAGAGCAUGUAGCAACUGUGGGUAUAUGGUUGAGCGAAUGUUCCAGACUCCAGGAAGGUAUGGUAGGUCCACGAAAUCUUCGCCACUUUCAAUGUCCGUCUCUCGAUUAUCCUGAACUUC